UUCAGCGCAGUGUUUUGCAAAACAGCCGCAGGCAAAAGAGCGGCGAUGGCGGAGCGCACCAACACCAACACCGCAGGCAACAGCACAGGCGGCGAUGCUUCGCCUCCCGAACACCUUCGAAUGCGAACUGUCCGCUCCAACUCAACACCAGGAACGCGGAGGCCGUCACGGCUCACGUCGUCAUCGCGGCACUCACAGGUCACCGGCGCACAGUCGCCAACAGUGAGCCCCAUUGCAAAGCAGCAGCGCGACGCAAUGUCGUGCACAUCGCCGCCGUCGCCGGAGCGCCCGUGGCCUCCACAGCGCCAGCCCCGCAUCGAUGCUUCGCCGUCCCCAGACCGGUCAGGGCGGCCUCGACCGAUGCUCAGGCUCAGCGCAGACGCCAGCGCCUCAUCCACCCGCCUGCACCACAUGCACCAGUACGAGACGCACGGUGACCUGCGUCGCCUCUCAUCCCCGCGAAACUCCCCGCUCGUCCGCACAUUUUCCCGCGAACUCCACAAGUCGCUCAGCAUCACCUCCCUCAGCAUGGCGUGCGGCGGCGUGGGGAAGACGCCACUCGACCGCGUGCGCGGUUUGGAGAGCGAUCUUCUGAGCAAGUCGCUGAAUGCGGGCAUGCGUAUGGGCGGCAGCAUUGGCCGCGGCGCCCUGGGCAGCAGUAGCAGCAGCAGCGGUGGGCUCGGCGGCCUGGCUGGCAGCGGUGCACUGAGCAGGAGUGGCGAGAACAUUGAUGGCGGGGUGGCAACCCGUUCCACGCGCAGCGCAUCGCUCAUUGUUAUCCGCAGGACCGCGUCUGGCAGCUACGGCGGGGAUGGAGAUGACACCGGAAGUGAUGAGGGCGGUUAUGGUGGGUAUGGCGGUUAUGGUGGUGGUGGUGGUGGUGUGCUGACGGCAACCACGUCUCACCUGCAUGAACUCGGCAGAGGUGGCGAUCAGUACCCACCGCCAUACCACGGGCGCCUCGCUGCUGGCUCGUCGACAGAGUCAUUGGAGUUGCCGCACCCGCCGUCGUCGUCGUCGCUUCGUGGCGAAGACCUCAUGCGCGGCGAGAGCGUGGACAGCUUUGCCCUCCGCUCUCCGCAGGUCGACCCGUCCGCAGCCCAGACAACAGCAAUUUCGCCUGGACCAGUUGCGUUUACGUUCACGUCUCCGCCAAAUCUGCAGGCAGUGGACGCACUCGAGUCCAGCAACGACAGCACGGCUGUGAUGACCGUGGAUGAGGACGGGCGAAUUCUCACCGCAGACGCGCGCAUCCCAUCCCUCUUUCGAUGCACGGCUGGGGACGUCAUUGGACGCAACAUUGGACACUUUAUCCAGUCGCCACAAUCAAACAAGCGCGAUGCGUGGACAAAGGAGCAGCUCAUGAUCCCGACAUUUGGAAGGGUGGUGGAUGGAGAAGCGGAGGACGGUACACCAUUCGCUGUUGCGCUGUGGAUCAAGCCUGUCCUUCCACGGCCUGUGGUUCCUGAAGCGUCACAACCUGCCAUGAUGCAAUCGUACGCGGCUGCCACGACGACAGUGUCACAAACACAGCCGUCCUCGCCUGCACAGCCGACCGCCACGCAUGCUGUCGGUCUCACAUCUUCUUCAUCUUCACCUUCAUCAUCGUCGCGCUCCGCUCAUGGCGGUGUCAUCGUGUCGCCACAAUCGUUAUCCUCGUCCACAUCGGCCUCAUCAGCAGCAGCAACAGCAACAACAGCAGCAGCAACAGCAACAACAACAACAACAACAACAGCAACAACAACAACAGCAACAGCAGCAACAACAGCAACAGCAGCAGCAACAGCAACAGCAGCAACAACAGCAACAACAGCAAUAGCAGCAAUAGCCGCAGCAGCUAAAAUACAGGCAACAGCCGCCUCUGCACCCUCACAGUCGUCCCAGUUGCCAUCAACCGCAACCGCCCACACCGCAUCCGCGUCGGCCGUGUGCUCGCCGCCAUCUAGAGCAGCAGCAGCCAAGGCAGCCACGGUGCUUGCCACGACGCCUGGCCCGGGCAAACCCCGCACGAAGCCCACGCCAUCGUCGCCGCUGGCACCACGACGACAACGUCGCCUCUCCACUCUUUCCCGGCAGCAGCGGUUCGAUGCAGACACAUACGCACGCAGCGGGACCCGCAGUUUAGGCGCUGUGGGCGACAGCGGCGGCGGCGGUCGCAGUGGUGGUGGUGACGAUGGUGGUGAUGGUGAUGUGAUUGAUGAGGAUGAUGACAGUGACGGAGGGUUUGGGUUUGGAGGUGACAGCGCGAGCGUGAGCCCGCGUGGAUCGGUGGACGUCGACAUAAGCGGACGGAAGAGCGAAGGCGACGUGUUUAUUGCCUCCACCGCUGACGCAGCAGCAACACACCACCACCACCACCACGUGAGGCAGCGUCACUCCCUCCACACGGCCAACAGUGGCCAACACCAACACCACCAUCAACAACAGUCACACCAACAGUCACACCAACAACAACACCACCACCAACACCAACAACAGUCACACCAACAACAACACCACCACCAACACCAACAACACCAACAACAGUCACACCAACACCAGUCACAGCAGCAGCACUCCCGGUAUCUUGUGGUGCUGGAGCCCAUUUCCCGCUGCGUUGCCACGUGCGCCGUCAACACACGCACUGCACAACUCGUGUGGGCGGAUGCGGCGUUUCUGUCUCUGCACCGACUUUCCCCGUCCGUGAUUGCGUCACCGCCACCCCAACUCCUCAGCACCAUCCUGCCUGGUGUCAGUGUUGACGCAAUGCAAGCAAGCGCUGCCGAUGGUGCACACGUGUACAUGUCGAGUCACCAAUUCAAACUUGGCGGCACUUCCACCUCCACCAGUUCCACGUCCUCUUUGUCUUCUUCGUCUGCUUCCACAGCGGCUGCGGUGCUGUUCCCGAGCGAGUUUGUCUUCUUGCUCCCGUCGCCCGAAGAAGUGGCGCAAAUGCACCAGGAUGGCAGCGAUGAUGAUAUUGUUCUGCUCCGACAACACAUCUACACAUGCGUGAGCGGGGUCAUGACGAUUGACGCGUUGGGGUUGGUGGUGCACUGCAAUGAGAACUUUGUUCGCAUCAUGUUUGGCCGCGACAAGUCGUCCGUUGUUGGCGAAAGCAUCGCGCUCCUCAUCCCAGACCUGAUCGACGUCGGUUCAGACAACCGCUGCACACCGCCAUCACCGCACGAUCUCCUCUCGGCAAACAUGAGCAUUGAGGGGCCUAUGGAUGUGCCGCAGCCGUUUAUCCUUGAAGGAUCGGGCGAAGCGACCGCAAUUUACGCCGAUGGCACAAACAUGCCAAUCACGUUUCAGCUUAGAAUGAUAAAAGCUAACUGCUGA